AUGGAGAACGACAUUGAUAGAGGGUGCCCUGGGCUCAUCACACAUCUUCUUGAUGGUCUCCAAGAUUUAUAUCGCGAACCAUUUCCCCAUGUUCCCAACCCAUUCUCUGUCAAAAAACGAGCCUCGGUCGCUGUGAUUCUUCACGUUCGACCAAGCUAUAACUAUUGGCCUGAAACAUCCUGCAGUGAUAAUACCGAGUUUCCCGUUGAAAAACGUCUAUCCGAUUUCUGUGCGCAGGAUUGGGUUCAAAACGGCGAGCCAGAGGUAUUGUUCAUCAAGCGCUCCUCUCGGGUGGGAGAUCGAUGGACUGGUCACGUAGCAUUACCUGGCGGAAAAAGAGACCCCGAAGACGAGGAUGAUCAAGCUGCAGCUAUUCGAGAGGCUGAUGAGGAGAUUGGUAUUGAUUUGACUGGGCCAGAUUGUAUCGCCGUGGGAAACCUCCCGGAGCGAGUGGUCUAUGCCAACUUCGGGUCUGAAAUUCUGAUGGUCCUUUGUCCAUUCGUAUUCAUAGUUACCAGCCCUACCAUUCCACCUCUUCGUUUACAACCCACCGAAGUAGCAUCGAUCCAUUGGGUCCCGCUGCGUGCUCUCCUGUCACCUCCUCUUCGAACCAUUGAAUAUGUGGAUGUGUCUCAACGAUUGCGACUGGCAUUCCCAGGUGGAUUUAUACCUCGUCUCGCAAUCCGUUCUUUGAUGGGUCAAAUGCAAUUCUCGGCCAUCCGACUAAUCCCCUCGGAAAGCCAGUAUUGUACAGCGAUCAAAGGCUUUAUCCCUGAUGCUAGUACCAAACCCUCCAUCGCCCACAAUAUCAAAAAUUGGUUUUUAAGUAACCAAGCGGAUUCGACUGACAUUGCUCGUCCACUACUACUUUGGGGACUGACCCUUGGGGUCAUGACUGAUUUCCUCAACAUACUUCCACCCCAUCGCUCAAUUCAACAGUGGGAAUAUCCAACUUUCACUACACCCGAUCUUCGCCUUAUUGUGAGCUUAAUGACCUACGGUCUGAGGAAGCGCAAUGCCAUCCGUGCUACUUCAGGCACUCGCCCUCGCCAAACGUCCGAUAAAAGCUGUUGGACUAGCCCUGCUGGGAUCUUAGGUCUUGGUGUGGCCAGAUACUAUGAUCUUGAAGACCGUCCCGCGGCUGGGAUGAACUAUGCCGUAGGCAUUCUAUUAUGCGGAUAUUACCAGCGCAUGAGCAAAGCCAUCUAUGUAUUCCUAGCAUGGCGCGCAGCGGUUGCGUCGAUCACUGGCAUACUUGCAUGGCGCUUUCUACGAUCCCGUUUAAGUGUACAAUGA